ACUCGAAAAUGCAAGAUCCGUCAAAUCCAAAUUCCAUCAAGUUGCCGACGACAACGUCUUUUUCAACUGCAUUCCGUCCAUCUCACCACCGACGAGCUCACUCGGAGGUGAAUUUCCGGUUGCCGGAGGAUCUAGAUCUGGUGUCCGACCCAUUCGAUGCACCUGCCGGAAGUUUCGAGGAGAUCGGGUCGGAGGAUGAUUUCUUCUCUACUUAUAUGGAUAUUGAGAAGCUCGCCGGUGGAUCUAAUCCCACUGAUAUCGAUGCUGCUGCUGAUGGAGAGAAGAGGCCACGUCAUAGGCAUAGUAAUUCUGUCGAUAGUUCAAGUUUGUUGAUGACUGAGAGUAUUGAAGCUAAGAAAGCUAUGGCUCCUGAUAAAUUGGCUGAGCUAUGGACUAUUGAUCCAAAACGUGCCAAAAGGAUUUUGGCAAAUCGGCAGUCUGCUGCUCGUUCUAAAGAGAGAAAGGCCCGUUAUAUAUCUGAACUUGAGAGAAAAGUUCAGACCCUUCAAGCAGAAGCGACCACUCUUUCUACACAACUGACCCUUUUCCAGAGGGAUACAACUGGGCUAACUAAUGAGAAUACAGAGCUUAAGCUCCGGUUGCAAGCAAUGGAACAUCAAACUCAAUUACGUGAUGCUCUGAACGAAGCACUGAAACAGGAAGUUGAAAGACUUAAAAUAGCUACAGGGCAGAUAUCAGCUUCCUCAGAUGCAUACAAUUCAGGAAUGCAGCAAAUUCAAUAUAACCGACCAGCAUUCUUUCCUCAUCAGUCGCAUCCAGGCCCAAGCGAAUGCUUUGUUAUGAAUCAGCCCAGCCCAAUAAAGAUACCAACAAAGAUAUUGUACAAAUAG